GCUUCAUGAUUUAAAAUAACUGAGAAGCCACUGGAUGGCCUCAAAGACUCAGAAAUAUAUGACUAAACACUACUUUUCUGUUCUGGAGUAGCCAAACAUCACUCUGUGUAGGUCAACUCAAACUUUAAAGUCACAUGAUGGAGCCAUACGCGGGCUAAAAUUGCAACGUGUAUGGUUUGAAUUACAUGAAACCAAGUUCCCGUUUCCUACAGAAGAACUGUGGUUUUUUGUUGUCUGAGUUUUCGAACUGAACACGUCACCACACACAGGAAGCCAAGUAUGCAUUAAAACUUAUUUUCCUCAUCAAUCUGAUCAUAAAGACAGCACCAGCCUGUUGCAUCUGCAUUUUGUUUCACGGUUUGCAGAAACACCAAGCAACCAAAGUUCUUCACAAGAAUGGUCUCUCAUAAUAUGACCUGGAUGAAGUACCCAAGCCAGAGCCGAGAUUCAUUCACAAGUUUUGAAGACAUCAUAUUCUCACAACAUGUAAUAUCAAGAUUUAUGCACUGCUAUAUUACGCUCUUUGUACCAACUGGUCUACUAGCUGGGAUUGUUAUUCUAGGCAUCCUCAUCAAGAACCAUAUGCAGCGCACCAAUGAGAAAUUAGAUAUAAUGCUUUUUGCUCACACCAUCAGCAACAUGUUAAUGAUUCUUUUAUCGCUCACCAUCAUCACAAGGCCUGCCUACCUCAAAGUAUCUUAUUUUGAGUGUGGAACGCUGUCGUUUUUUUUCAAUUUGAAUUACUUCAGCUCUCAGUACCUUCUUGUCCUCAUGGUGCUUAGCUUUUUUCUUUAUAGGCACCCACCCCAAAAUGCUUUAAUUAGUAAAGCACAUCAAAACCCUAUGGUAUCUGUUGCAUUUGCGCUGAUAUGUGCCUUUUGUGCUACACUAAUAGUGGUGGCACUGCUGGGCAUGGAGAAUUACCACGAAGAAACAGACUGCCAAUUAGAUCCUUUAUUUGCAUGGCCUGAAUACGAGAUUAUUAAAUUUACCUUUGGCUUCUGCAUUCCAUCUUUGGCCAAGCUUCUCUGCUUUAUUCUAAUGUUUGUUAAAAAAGUUCAGCCAGAAAUCCAUCCCUCAAGAUACAAUAUUCACCCUUAUUUGACUGUUUUGGUUAUUACAAUAACAAUGUUUGUGUGUCGUCUAUUUUACAACAGUAUGAUUCUCUCUAGGACCAGCUUGAAGAUACAGAGGAUAAUAGGGACACCCCAAAAUGAGCUGACAAUGAAUAUUGCAGAGAUCCUGCUGUUCAGCGAAAGCUGUGUUAGUUUAGUUAUCAUUCUUUGCCUUCAUAAACCAUGCAGAAUCUGCUUAUUGAAUGUUAUAACUAAUCUCACAAAAGUUUGCAGGAGGACACAUGCUAGUAACAGUCCUCUUGAAAUACCAGAGACUCGUGCUGAAGUCUCAUCUGGGCCCUCUGAAAAUGGAUCACACUGACCUUUGCCUUCCAAAAUAUUAGCAUUGAAGAAAAAAGCUACAAAUCUGCCAACAUACAGAACCUGAAGGAAUAAAAGAUUUGCAAGCUUAUUUAUUCUUACAACCUGAGGAACAAAUAUUCUCCAGCUGGGGUUGAAAGCUAC